AUGAGCAGUGCAGGUUCAAUUAAUGCGUGCAUUCGGAUUUUUUUCGCUCAUUUAACUGGAAUUUGUGCUUUUUUUUCUACAUCACCUCAAAGAACAAAAGUAUUGGAUGAUAUAGUUCAUAGACGAUUACCACGUUCAUCACAAACGAGAUGGAAUUUCCAAUCACGGGGAGUUAAUACAGUUUAUGAAUACCGAAAUGAACUGAUACACGUUAUAGAUAUUUUAGAGAACGACAAAGAUAUUAAAUUAAAUUCUACGAUUAAGCAAGCUGGUGCUUAUAAACUUAGAAUACAGGAUAGAGAUUUCAUAUUUUGGUUAACAGUUUUUCAUAAAGUCAUGCCACAUGUCGAAAUAAUUUUUAAGCAACUGCAGACGAUUAAUACCGACCCUAUCAAGGCUAAACAAGAUCUAAAAAACUUUGAAAAUUCAAUGCAAAAAAUUAGUAAUGAAAUGGAUAAAAAUAUUGACAAAAUAGACUCGGAGCUUUUAGAAACCGAAGAUGAACUUGUUCCUCAGAAAAGGCGACGUUACCCUGGUUCCGAUCUAUCUGUUUCAACAAAUAGAAAAAUAGAAGUUUGCGAUUCCAUUAUACAAUAG